UGUUCCCUUUCCUUUCAAAAUUGUACUGAAACUCCAAACAUAACCAGGUACGUUUCCGCCUGCAAAGUGUUCGACAAUAAGUCUCUUAGAAGUUCCGGUGCACUGUAAAAGCACACACUCACAGCUCGCCGCCAAAUGAGAGGAAGCAUAGGAAGAGCACUCUCUCUGCCGAACCCCGUUAACUUUUCCAAUGCCGCAAGACAAUCUUUAAUCCCUUUCUCCAGUUCCUCCUCUCCCGGCGGCGGUGGCGGUGCCGGUCGUGGCCGUGGACGCGGUUCUGCUUCCACGCAGUUUGACUUCAUCGCCCCAGGUAAGCCCGGGCCCGACCAGUCCGAGUCGAAUCCGGACCCGACUCCUCCUGGACAUGGACACGGGCACGGCCGCGGCAGACCCAUCCCUUCUUCCCCGACUCUGACCCCCAACUUCUCUCCCUUCAUUUCGUCCAUCAAACCCCCACCAGCUGGCCGCGGCCAUUCAGUUCCACCGCCGCCAGACUCGGCGCCCAAGCAACCCAUUUUCUUCAAGAAAGAAGACGGGCCUACACACGUUUCGGCCGCGGCUGAGAGCUUCCCUGAUCGGAAUCUACCUCCGAGCAUAAUCCCUGGACUGUCCGGCAGCGGUCGCGGAAAACCCCUGAAGCAACCGAUCGCUGAGGCGCAAGUUGUUGAGGAGAACCGGCAUGCCCGGGCCUCCCGAAAAACCCCAGCUCACGCCCCAGGUGAAAGAGGUGAAAGAGCGCAGAGGUUGACCCGUGAAGAAGCAGUGAAAAACGCGGUGGAGAUUCUGUCGCGCGGUGGCGGCGGCGAGGGUGACGGCGAAGAGAGCAUUGGUGGUGGCAGAGGAGGCAGAGGGUUCAGAGGGAGAGGUGGGCCCGGGCGGGGCCGAGGAAGAGGGAUGUACAGAGGGAGGGGGAGAGGGAGGGGUAGGGAGUCGAGGGACGAUGGGUAUGGGGCGGGGCUGUAUCUGGGUGACAAUGCGGAUGGGGAGAAGCUGGCGAAGACGCUCGGCGUUGAGACCAUGAAUCAAUUGGUUGAAGGGUUUGAGGAAAUGAGUGGGGCUGUACUGCCUUCGCCCUCGGAGGACGCGCUUUUGGACGCCAUGGACGUCAAUUAUUCGAUUGAGUGUGAGCCGGAGUAUUUGAUGGGCGAGUUUGAUCAGAACCCGGACAUUGAUGAGAAACCGCCAAUUCCGCUGCGAGAUGCACUUGAGAAGAUGAAGCCGUUCUUGAUGGCAUAUGAGGGGAUUCAGAGUCAAGAGGAGUGGGAGGAAAUCAUGAAAGAGACAAUGGAGAGAGUUCCAUUGAUGAAAGAGAUUGUCGAUCACUACAGUGGACCGGAUAGGGUAACUGCGAAGCAACAGCAGGGAGAGUUAGACAGGGUUGCAAGAAGUGUUCCUGUCAGUGCACCAGAUUCUGUAAAGCGGUUUGCUGACCGUGCAGUUCUUUCUCUUCAGAGCAACACCGGGUGGGGAUUCGACAAGAAAUGCCAGUUCAUGGAUAAGCUUGUGGGGGAGGUUUCCCAUCUUUACAAAUAAGGGAAAUUGUUAAGAUAAUUAAAAAAACAUUUUUCGGAAUUUUUUGUACAAGGGAAGCGACCUUCCUUAAACCCCCAAGGGAGCCAAGGAUAUAUGGUCAAGCACGUUUGGAAUCUUUGCUUGGAUGAGAAGUAAUUGAUUUGGUGUAAUUGGGUUUUCUUUAGAAAUAUCUAGAUUUUUGUAAUUUGAGAUAACCUAGUGGUGGAUGGCAUGGGGCAAAUUGUUGAAUUUCACAAGUAAUGCCUGUAAAAAGUUUUCCUUGAUGGUAAUGGAAUGGUGAUAAA